ACUUGUAAGACACUGCCCAGUGCUUACUCUUCUUCUUCCGCGGUUUGUUGACUUUGUGGCAUUCACGAUAAAUAAACGUUUUAGCAGAAUGUUUGAUAAUAAAAGCGAUAAGCUGUUGCUUGAAAUGGAGGAAGGCGAUGCUGGUCCCGAGGAUCAGCACCCCUGCUGCGAGCAUGGACCCACGGUGUUGUUCUACCGGCAAUCCCAACUGCCCGGGCAGGGUUAUUAUGCCUGCUCUGCCCACCGAGACUCGAAACUCUGCAAUUAUCACCUGCCAGCGGAUCAGUGGAAGGGUAAAUCCUGCAGGACUCAACUUCCCAAACAGGACUAUCCCUUGCCAUCCAGGAAAACAGCACAUCCAGCCACACCUGAUCCCACAUUAAGCCUCACAGCGCUUGCCCAGGAUAAAGUCAAUGCCCAAUACUUUUUCGAUGAAGCUGCGCUGAACUUCUUGGCCAAUCAGUGUGAAAAUAUAGGAGCUAGCAAGGUUAUCUGCAUGGGCGCACCACGUUUACACUUCCAUCUGCGUCACAAACUGCAAAGUUUUCUACUGGAUCUGGAUGAGAGAUUUGCCGAGUAUCUGGGUCCUGAAGAGUUCUGCCUCUACAAUAUGUGCAAUAAUCAUUUCUUUUACGAUCGAAAGCCCUUUGAACAGUUCCUAGAAGGCACCAGUUCCGAUCAACUUGUGAUAGUAACGGAUCCACCUUUUGGCUGCCGCACUGAACUGAUUUCGCACACCCUGCGCAGCCUGAGAAAACUGCAUAAUCAAAUCAACCGACUGCCAUCCACUCCACUGUCCAUAUUCUGGAUAUAUCCGUAUUAUUCAGCUAACCACAUCAGGCAGGAGAUGCCUGAGCUGGAAAUGUGUGACUACAGGAUCAACUACACCAAUCAUCUUAGGUAUACGAAUGUGGGCAAGCAGAGUCGGUUUUGUGGAUCACCCGUGCGUUUAUUCACCAACGUGCCACUGAGAUUGCUUCAAUUGCCCCUUGAAGAGGGCUAUAAGUACUGCCCCAAAUGCGAUUGUUACACAGCCAAGGAGAACCUGCACUGCAACAGCUGCGAAAAGUGUCCCUCGGUGAAUGGCCAAACUUACAAGCACUGUGAGUUCUGCGAUGCCUGCGUGAAACCCAACUAUGUGCAUUGCUCCAACUGUAGAAGGUGCACUCAGAAGGAGGGACACAACUGCUCCUUCUACCAGACCAAACAGCACUGCUGGUUGUGCGGUCAAAAAGGCCAUAUAGAAACCAAGUGUCUAAGCCUCCGGAAAAGAAAGGCGAACUAUACCAAAGGCUGUCUUUUGUGCGGUAAACGAAAUCACAGGGAAAAGCGAUGCUCGUACCGCACAAAGUACUUCAGGGAACAUUGCUUUAUGAAUGAAACAACUAUUCAGUGCCUUUAAGAACUCAGAAGCCCAAUUAAAAAUAUUGGUUACAUACAAA